AUGGUCGUCCGCAGAAUACCAAUUCGAUCGCAAUCACCCCUCAACACCUCAUUCGGCAAGUUCGCGCUCUCAACUCUGGAAAAAUGGCACGUCCCCGGCGUCGCAAUUGCCGUCGUCGAUGGAGACCAAACCUGGUCUGAAGGAUACGGAAUAUCAUCCUUCCCCUCCACCCCGGUAACACCCUCCACCCUGUUCUAUGCCGGGAGCACCACCAAGGCCUUCACAGCCGCCAUGAUGGCCACCCUCAUCGCCGACAACGACAAAUACCCACAUAUCCAAUGGACGACACCAGUCAGUCAGUUGAUACGCGAAGACUUCGUCCUCGCGGACGAGUACCUCACGCAACAUAUUACUCUUGAAGACAUCCUGUCGCACAGAACGGGUCUGCCGCGCCACGACCAGGCCUACGGCAACAACAAUAUGAGUCGCGACACCGCUGUAAGGGAAAUAGUAAGGUCGAUACGACAUUUACCGCUAACGGCGGAGCUGAGGACAAGGUUUCAGUAUAAUAAUUUGAUGUUUGUGGUUGCAGCGCAUGUCAUUCAGUCUGUUACGGGGGAGUGGUUGGGCGAUUUACUUGCGCGGGAAAUAUGGAAGCCGCUGGGUAUGGAAGCGACGUUUUUCAGUCUGGAGGAUGCGCUGGCUGCAGACCAGGACUUGGCGAGGGGGUAUUCCUAUUCCUAUUCCGAUGACGAUGACGAUGACGAAGGACAGACAGAGUUCAAGGAAGUAGAAUGGAUGCCUCUCAACGAAAUCUCCGGCGCAGGAUCGGUGAUCACCAAUGUCCUGGACUAUGCGAAAUGGGCGCGCUCGCUCAUGUACAAACUGCCUCCGUUGUCGCAGGAAGUGCACAAAGUGAUUUGGGAGCCGCGCACUUUACUGCCCACGGACGCAGAGGGACCGUUUACGGGGCCGGUGGCGUAUGCCCUCGGCUGGAAUACGGGUGUUUAUCAGGGUUCUCAAUUCUAUGAGCAUACGGGUGGCAUGAACGCCUUUGGAGCGGAGCUGAUCCUCUUUCCGGAACUGAAGUAUGCUGUGACGAUACUCGGGAAUACGGCUGUGACGUCGAAUUUUGCGGCGAAAAAGCUUGCUUUCCAGCUGAUUGAUGACAAGUUGGGUGUUCCAGCGGCGAAGAGGUUUGAUUGGGAUGCAUAUUAUACUAGGAUGAUCAACCGCACCAAAGCCAAAUCCCGCAACGCAAUCUCCCGUUUCUAUCCUUCCCUCCCUUCUCCACCACUACCGACUACAGUACCCCUCUCCGCGUACGCAGGCACAUACACGCACCCAGGCUACCAAUCGUUAACGAUCACCUUCAACCCGCAAACCAACAUCCUGCACGCAGACCGCAGCUUCACAACCUGGCCGGAAUGCCUCACCUUCGAGCACGUUAGCGGCGACUACUUCAUCAUCCGAUCCGAACACAAGGGUGAUCUAGGCGCGUUUGUGCCGAGUGUGUAUCCAGCUGAGUUUGUGGUGGGUGUGGAUGGCACGCCGAGAAAGGUGGGUGUUGGGUAUGAGGAGGAGAUGGGGAAGGAAGGGAGGAUUUGGUUUGAGCGUGUUUGA